GCAGUGUCUGGUGCAGGUAGAUACAUACACAGUACCGUGUAUGUACUGUGAAAACGCAUGGUCGCAUUCUAGGUCAACGCUCAGCCUUCCCCAGCCUGUUACAAAAGCACCCCGCACCGCAUCACCCAAUUUGAAUUCUAUCCAGCCGUUCCUCCCUUGACGUAGAUUGUUCUCACCUUCGUUAUAACCAGCAGUACUAACGAUCGUGAACUGAAAUUUGGAAUGGCUCAAAUGUUAGCGGAGCAGCAGGGCAGCGGGCCAAACCCGGUGGACGAGACCGGUCUGUGUCUGUUGUCACUAGAUGGCGGUGGAGUGCGCGGGCUGUCCACGCUGUACAUCCUGAGAAACUUGAUGGCAAGACUGGCAUACGAGCGCUACGGCGACGCUGUCAACAAAUAUCCCCCAGUUAAGCCAUGCGAGGUUUUCGACCUGAUCGGGGGCACAAGCACAGGCGGACUCAUCGCCAUCAUGCUAGGACGACUUGAGAUGACCGUGGAUGAAUGUAUCAUAGCGUAUCGCGAGCUCAUCAAAGAUGUAUUUAAAGCAAGGGAGAGUCGUGCGGGCAUAAGUGCAUUUGGCCGCGUCACAUCGCGAUUUUCCUCCAAGGCCUUGGAAAUUGCUAUCAAGCGGGUGCUUGCGAGUCGUGAGGGUGUCUCCGAAGAUGACUUAUUUGAUGAUGGCAAGGCUCGAGGGUGUAGAGUCUUUGUUUGCACUGUAGCGAAGGAGACCAGAGACAUAUCGCGCCUCAAAAGCUAUACCAUCCCCGGCGAGUCUGAAUCUCUAGUCCGUCCAACAAUUUGGGAAGCGGCCCUGGCAACGUCAGCAGCUACGCGGUUUUUUGAUCCUGUCAAAAUUGGCGCUCGCUCAUUCAUAGAUGGAGCAAUGGGCGCAAACAACCCCGUGGACCAAGUACAGAAUGAAGCCAUCCAGAUUUGGUGUCCAGAAAGCGCGGACUUGAAGCCCUUAGUUAAGUGCUUUAUCUCUGUAGGCACUGGAAAUCCUGGAAAGAAGCCAAUCAGGGACAACGCAUGGAAACUCCUAUCCGAAACGCUUGUGGAUAUCGUCACCGAUACAGAAAAGACAGCAGAAAUGUUUGAUGGCAGAUGGAUAGGGGACUCGACUGCAGACAGAUACUUUCGCUUUAACGUCGAACAAGGGUUGCAGGACAUCGGGCUGGAGGAAUAUCAGAAGGAAGGCGCAAUAGAAGCAGCUACGUUCGGGUAUUUUAAAGCGACCCGGAAGUCGAUUGAAGUGAAGCGCUGCGCCAAAAACCUUGUGCGGAAGCAAAAAAAGACACCCAGAGAAUUCAAGUCUUUAUUCACUGUGACAUCUCGCACCUCAACUAAGAAGCCGCAUUGGGUGGUUCAUUUCGAGCAAAACCUGAAGUUUGUCGCCCGCGAUACACAAUUAAAUCAGCUCGAUAAACUUCUGUUCGCCAACGGACAUUGCCCCAAAGUCGCACUCGUAGGUCUCGGUGGGGUGGGCAAGACGCAAAUUGCCAUUCAAUUGGCAUACUGGAUCCGGGUCAAGUACGCGGAGCUGUCCGUUUAUUGGAUUUCAGCAACCGACAUGGAGAGCCUAGAACAAGCGUAUCAAAAAAUUGGCGAGAAACUUGAAAUACCUGGUUUGGACGAGAAGCAAUCGAAUGUAAAGGAUCUUGUGAGGCAACGCCUCAGUGAGGGAACCACGGGUCCAUGGCUGCUGAUAUUCGACAACGCUGAUGAUCCAGACAUGUGGAGUCGAAAACCGCACAACACGGCGAAGGCAUGUUGCCUUCAAGGCUAUCUUCCGAAGAGCAAUACAGGCCGUAUACUGUUCACAACGAGAAGUCGUAAGAUAGCAUGCGAGUUGGCAAGGCACAACAUAGUUGAGGUGCCCGAAAUGGAUGACCAAGCUGCCGUUGGAUUACUACAACGAUCGCUGCCAAACCGAACGAUCGAAGUAGAUGAUCCUACGGUGUUACAGCUGCUUAAAGAGUUGACUUACCUCCCACUUGCGAUUACGCAGGCGGCUGCGUUCAUGAAUAUGUACGGGGCAUCUUGUUCUGACUACCUGAAACUUCUGCAAGAGGAGAAGGAAGAGGAUGUAAUUGCAAUCCUAAGCGAAGACUUCGAAGACGAGGGACGAUAUAGUACGACUGUGAAUCCGGUAGCGACUACUUGGCUCAUCUCCUUUGAGCAAAUCAAGAGGCACAAUCCAGCGGCGGCAGAAUACAUGUCGUUUAUGUCGUGUCUUGGUGCUAAAAAUAUCCCGAUAUCGCUUCUUCCUCCAGCACCAUCAAGGAAACAGAUGAUCGAAGCAGUGGGAACGCUGAGCGGGUAUUCUUUCGUCACGAAAAGAACUGACGAGGCGCUUGAUAUCCACCGGCUUGUACAUCUCGCUAUGCGGAAUUGGUUACGGACAAACGGCCUACUGGCAGAGUGUACGACACGCGCUGUCACGCGGGUGUGCGAGGUUUUCCCGAGCAAUGACCCCAAGUAUAGAGUUAUGUGGAGGCUGUAUUUGCCCCAUGCUCAACAUAUUCUC